AUGAGCAGAUCUUCAUGGGUGGGUCUCAAUGACAUCAACAGAGAAGGAACGUUUGUGUGGAGCGAUGGAACUCAAGCAGACUUCCAGCCCUGGGAGACGAACCAGCCGGAUAACUGGCAGAAUAAUGAAGACUGUGUUCACAUUCGAGGGACCGAGCACCAGGACACAGGAAAACUCAACGACCUGCCCUGCUCAUCCACUUACCCCUUUAUCUGCCAGAAAGCAAAAGGUCAAGGGCCACCGCCUCCCCCAACAUCUGGUCCAGGCUGGAAUGCGAAGUGCGGCUCCUGGGUUGCGGACCCGUUUAAUGAUUACUGCUACCUGUUUAUUACUCUGUCCAUGAGGAAGUGGGCCGACGCUCGUGCGGAUUGUGUGAAUCAGGGUGGAGAUCUCAUCAGCAUCACUGAGCCGUUUGAACAAGCUCAAAUCCAGUCGGUUCCCACGGGAGUUUCUCUCUGGAUGGGAGCGCAUGACUCCAUCACCGAGGGAGGCUGGAUGUGGACAGACGGCUCUCCGUUCCGCUAUAUAAACUGGGCUUCAGAUAAUCUGCGCCUCUCAUUUAUUGCUAAAGGAAACCCCGAUGAUUAUUAUAAUGAAGACUGCCUGUCCAUUUUAAUCAACUCUGGAGCGUGGAACGACGAUAACUGUGAGAACAAGAGAGGAUAUAUCUGCAAGCGUCGCGGGAACACACCCGAGCCUCCUCCGCCGCAUGAUG